GGGGGCGGAACAGCGCCGGAGCCGUGGUCUAGGCGGGUGACGCGAACCCCUGCAGGCGGUUGCCGAAGGGAGCAUCGACCUCUCCUUCAUCAGGCCCAAGAUGCCUCUCUUUGGGAAUACGUUCAGUCCCAAGAAGACACCCCCUCGGAAGUCCGCUUCUCUCUCCAACCUGCAUAAUCUGGAUCGGUCAACCCGGGAGGUGGAGCUGGGCCUCGACUACGGAACCCCCACCAUGAACCUGGCGGGGCAAAGCCUGAAGUUUGAAAACGGCCAGUGGAUAGCAGAGACGGGGAUUAGUGGCGGUGUGGACAGGAGGGAGGCCCAGCGCCUCCGCAGGCGGAACCAGCAGUUGGAGGAAGAGAACAAUCUCUUGCGGCUAAAGGUGGACAUCCUACUGGACAUGGUUCUGCCUCACCAGACUGAUGCAGCUGGCUGAAGCAGCUGGACUUCACUGCCUCACCGCUCAUUGCUGGUAUUUGGGGUGUGGCACGAGCACUUCUAAACAGCUUGUGUUGGGGGCCUCCGAUGAGCAGCCCUCCUGGUUCUCUGCACUGUCCCCCCCCCACCCCCGGGGCUACUCUCUCUGUCCUUUAAAGAAUACUUGUUCGUGGACUCCAUCCCCUUCUUCUGGCUUCAGCUUCUCGGUGGCGAGCUCCAGCGUUCCACGGCAACACUAUUUUUGUGCUACUUUCCUGUUUACUUUCUCAAAAUUAAAUGAUGGUAUAUAAUCUGUCUGUGGCCAAAGUGACUGAGAAAUGAAAGUAGCAGUUCUUGAAGAAGUCAGUGGACCCUGGAGUCUAAGCUUCUGUUUGGCUGUCCAGAGAUAGAGUUUUUAAGUUGUGGGGAAACGUCACCCCUGCAGGAGAAGCAUUCCAGCUUCCUGGGCAUCCGCCGAGGCUGACUGGAAACAGAACAGUCUCUCUGCCCAGAUUCCUCUGCUGUCCUUCAGAGAUCUGGGACUAGCCUGGACCUGACAGGGACCGAGUCAUCGAGCGGUCUGGUCGAGUGGUCGGGGUGGGGGGCGGCAUUCCUAGAGAGGGAAUUUGCGCCUAAGUCUGUGUGAGCCGAGCUGCUGUGGCUGGAGGAGGGAGUCAGUGAGGGAACCCAGCUCCCAAAGUUAAGGGGAGGGCACUGAGAUGGGGACAGAGCCCAGAGCUUUAGCCUGGCGACGGCUAUGAUGGUCAGCAGUUUCUGAAAGCCUGUGACUUGUGUGGAACCGACCUCAGCACCUUGCCCUCCUACUCUUGUCUCCCUCAGCUCAGCCCUGUGAAUGGGGGACUGGCAGCAGUUGUCCUCAGAGGGAAGGAACCAGGUUCCAGGAGGUUCAGAAGCUGGUCCAGGAUCAUACAGAAGUGUGAGAGUCUGCUGACUCCCAGCUCCUGGUGAAAGGGAGGAGCUGGUAGGGGACGGCCUCCAGUGGACCAGCUCUAGGGGAGAUGGAUAGAGGCUCCACCCCAUAAGCUCACCUUCUGAUAUAGGAGAGAAUAACUCAGAAGAAAUCGGAGGACACA